ACGGCGCUCUGUAACAGAUACCGUCACCGCUUCUUCAUUUCCUUCCUGUCUUUUAUUUCUCUCUCUCUCUGUAUCUCUACGCCCUUUUGUCUCUCUUCAACCCUUUCACAACAAUUAUUUGCUUCAACAAUUCGAACCCAUAUCUCAAAAGUUGAUGCUUUGAUGCUUGUUAUGUUAAAUUGGUAGAUACCCAUAAGCUUGUUUUGUUGUUUUUGAAGUGUAAAGAUGGAAUUUUCAGGUGUUUGAAGAGAAUUAUAUAUGUUGAAGUGUUGUGAAUUGUUGUUCUUGUUGAUAUUUUAGGGGGGGUGUUGGGUGAUUUGUGUUAGGGUUUAGUUGAAGUGUUUGUGGAAGAGAUUAUUGGGUUUAGAGAUAUGGGUGAAGAUUUACUGACUACUUUGUCCAUUGAGAAUUAUCAUCCUUCUACAUUCUUGUCCAUGGAUCCAAAUGGGAAUACUCAUGAGGAGUCAGACCGGGAUAUGAACCGCGCUGUUGUUCUUUCGGGGCCUCCGGAUAUUAAUCUGCCCUUGUCUGUUGAGCCUAGUCCUCCACCCCCAUCGUGGACUCAUGACUCUUUUGAUAUGCUGGAUGUUAGUCUUGGAAAUCAGAAUAAUGAUACUGAUACGCUUCUUAAUAUGUCUAAGAGUGUUAGGAAGUGUGCCAAGAGACUGGAUAGUAUUUGGGGGGCUUGGUUUUUCUUUAGCUUUUAUUUUAAGCCUGUUUUGAAGGAUGAGUCUAACUGUAAUGUGGUUCGUGAUAGUAACGGGGUGUCUGGGUUUGAGAAAUCGGAUCUUAAUUUUGAUGUUUUUCUGGUUCAGCACGAUAUGGAGAAUAUGUAUAUGUGGGUUUUUAAGGAAAGACCUGAGAAUGCUUUGGGUAAAAUGCAGUUAAGGUCUUAUAUGAACGGGCAUUCUCGUCAGGGAGAACGGCCUUUCCCGUUUAGUGUUGAGAGGGGGUUUAUACGGUCUCAUAGAAUGCAGCGGAAGCACUAUAGGGGCCUUUCUAAUCCUCAAUGUGUCCAUGGAAUUGAGCAUGUUCCGUCUCCUAAUCUUAUGAUUAUCGAUGAGGAUGAACAGAAUAAAUGGAUGGAACUUACUGGCAGGGAUCUAAGUUUUGUUGUGCCACCUGAAGCUACAGAAUUUUGUUCUUGGAGAACACUUCCUAACACAGAGUUUGAGCUAGAGAGACCCCUUCCUGUGCUGAAGAAUAAUCAACAUCCUUCAAAAAAGUCACUUAACGGCUCUGGUUUGAAUUUGUCAACUCAGUCCUCGAGCCAUGUAAAUGGAAAUGGUGCUGAUCUCUUGCCUGCUUGCAACAAGAGGAAGAAAGAUCUUUUUCCGAAUGGUAAUGAUGAUGAUUGCUGUUACCCUAGCAAUCAACAUCCAGACCGAAUACAAGAUACCGAGCACCAUCCUGUUGAACCGUCUUGGUUAAAUGAAUUCAGUGGAGUGAUGAAGAGUGUUUAUGGGCCGGUUACUGGUGCCAAAACUAUAUAUGAGGAUGAAGAAGGAUAUUUAAUUAUGGUCGCCCUACCUUUUUCUGAUCCUGGAAGAGUUAAAGUUCAUUGGUGGAACAACCUUACACAUGGUGUUGUCAAAAUUUCAUCGGAGAGCACUGCUCGCAUGCCCUUUCUUCAGAGAAAUGAUAGAACAUUUAAGCUUACUGAUCCAUCUCCUGAACAUUGUCCUCCCGGAGAGUUUAAACGGGAAAUUCCGCUUGCUACUAGAAUUCCAGAUGAUGCCAAGCUAGAAGCAUACUUUGACAAAAGUGGAACAAUUCUAGAGAUCACAGUACCUAAACACCGUGUGGGACCAGAGGAGCACGAAGUUCCUGUUUGUCUCAGGCCUCCUAAUGAGUUUCUUUAGUCUCAAAGGCUUCAUUUUGUUGGGGAAAUAUGUGAGGUUAGCCAUUUUAGUCAAAGAUUACAACUUAAAACUUAGAAGCAAAAAUUGUUUAUUAUAGUUUUUAGACUUGCUAUUUACAAAGUCAUCUCAACUUUGAAGAUUACAAUUGUCUUUUAUGACAUUUGAUUUUCAUUUGGCUAAUUUUGGAUAUAAUUUUAAAUGGUCUUUUACUUUGUGA